UUAUUUUAGUGGCAUUCUACAACUGUGAGUGCAUAAUUCCUUUAAUACCCCUACAUAGUUUGAACACACUCUGUCUUCGCAUCCCCUAAAAUUGAGGAUUCGAGAAAGAAAUAGGUUUGGUCUGUGCGAAAGUUUGUGGAAUCAAGUGAAAGAGGAAAAAACGAUGGUACUCAGUGCAACGGCGAUCGGCGCUUUACUGGGUUUGGGAACCCAGAUGUACUCCAAUGCCCUCCGAAAACUUCCCUACAUGCGCCAUCCGUGGGAGCACGUCGUGGGAAUGGGGCUGGGCGCUGUUUUUGUGAACCAGCUUCUCAAAUGGGAGGCCCAGGUUGAACAGGACCUCGACAAGAUGCUCGAAAAGGCUAAAGCCGCCAACGAAAGACGUUACAUAGAUGGAGAUGAUGAUUAAUGCAUGUUCUCAAGGAUUGUAGCAGUGGGUGGAAAUAAUCAUGAAAUAUGUUGAACUUGUUGCUUUUGUUUUCUGAUUUCAUGGUAUGUUUGUAAGGUUGUUAACUUUUUCAUGCUAAUCAGCCUAUUUUGUGCACAAGCAUUUUGCAAGCAGUGAAAUUGUUAUGGAUGAUAAUGUUCUGGCCUUGGCCUUGUGGUUUGGUUGGUAAUAAUUAAAUCACGGUAUCUGUGACUUCAAUACCUAUUAUCUUA